AUGAUUAGCAACUCAGCUUCUCCACUGAAUAUACUCAUAUGGACCAUUACGGGGAUUGUAUCCAUGGCUUCCCUUUUAGGAAAUGGAUUUAUCACAGUUGUACAGGGACAACAAUGGCUUAAAAACAGAAAGAUUUUGACCUGUGAGUUACUCUUGAUUAGUUUGAGCACAACAAGAUUUGUGAUGCAACUGUGUACUUCAGUGAAUGCUGUUGUGUAUCACAUCACCUCAGAAACCUCCUUGGAUCCUUAUAAAGAGGUAGACAGUUAUAUUAUCUGGCUGUUUUUCAACAUGGCCAGCCUCUGGUGUGGCACGUGGCUAAGUGUUUUCUACUGUGUGAAGAUCACUAACUUUGCCAAUCGUGUCCUCCUUUGGCUGAAGCCAAGAAUCAAUAUGCUUGCACCCAGACUGCUUGGAAUGUCACUAGUCAUUUUUAGUAUGUCCUUUCUUCUUCCAUUGGUUGAAUAUCUUGGACACAAAAAGUGGGGAAAUCAGACAGGCACUCUGCCAGGAAGUGCCAACCAUA